GGCCUCGCUCAUCGCCUUGCGUGCGCCUGCUGCGCUGUGUGUGCUCCCCGCCGCGCCUAGCUGCGGCUAGAGCGUGUGUGUAGACGAGUGGUUAGAGAGACCGACCGGCCGGCCGGGACCGACGUAGACUAGCUGCAAUCACUCGUCGGCCGGGCCGAGCGAGCCGAUCGAUCAUCGAGCGGCCGCGCGCCCGGCACGGCUGGUUUUUGGUCGAUAUAUAUUGCCCCAGACACUAACCCUCUUAUCCUUUCCCCAUCGUCUUCCCCCACUUGCACUUGCACCCGCGACCGCGCGAGCAGCAGCAGCGAGCGACGCCCCUCCUUUUCUUUUCCCAGAGGUAGUAGGAAGCAGCCACUGAGCUCGCUCGUGCUCGUGCUAGCUACCUACGUAUCUAGCGCAGCUACUACCUAGCCACAGCAGCUACAGCCGCCUCGCCUGUCGUAGCGACUGAGCAUCUCCGGCUGCAGGCAGGGUAGGUAGGUACUACAAAGAUAUGCGGAGGCAGCAGCCGAGGCGGCCGGGGCAGCAGCGGUAGUACUAGGCGACGACGUACACGGACGCACGGUCGGCCAUGAGCGGCGGCGGCGGCAGCAGGAACGAGAACGGGCACGGCGGCGCCGCGGCUGCCGCGGCGGCGGCGGCGGUGGUGGCGGCAGGUGGAGGUGGAGGCGGCGACGCGCACGAGGACGACCUGGUGAUGCCGGGGUUCCGGUUCCACCCCACGGAGGAGGAGCUCAUCGAGUUCUACCUCCGCCGGAAGGUGGAGGGCAAGCGCUUCAACGUCGAGCUCAUCACCUUCCUCGACCUCUACCGCUACGACCCAUGGGAGCUCCCUGCAAUGGCCGCGAUUGGGGAGAAGGAGUGGUUCUUCUACGUGCCGAGGGACCGCAAGUACCGGAACGGGGACAGGCCCAACCGGGUGACGGCGUCGGGCUACUGGAAGGCCACGGGCGCCGACCGCACCAUCAAGGCCGACAACAGCAGCCGCCCCAUCGGCCUCAAGAAGACGCUCGUCUUCUACUCCGGCAAGGCGCCCAAGGGCGUCCGAAGCAGCUGGAUCAUGAACGAGUACCGCCUCCCGCAAGACCACACCGACCGCUACCACAAGACCGAAAUAUCCCUCUGCCGCGUGUACAAGCGCACCGGGAUCGACGACGGCCACGGGCAUCAUCCCGCCACGGCGCGCUCGACGACGCCCUCCCGCGGCGCCACGGCGGCACAGCAGCAAGAUAACAAGCAAGCGUCGUCGUCGUCGACGCCGACGCCGCCCACGACCCCGUCCAAGAUGAUGCACCUUCUCCACGGCGAGUGCACGUCGCCGCCCACGGCCAUCUGCAGGAACAACAAUCACGCCGCGGCGGCACACAGCGACAACAAGACGGCGGCGGAGCCACGGCAACAGCAGCUCCCCAUCAAGCCGUACUGCAACGGCUACCACCACCAGCUGUCCACGGCGAGCUCUACCACCGCCGCCGCGGCCCGCGAUCAGCAGCAGGCUGCAAUGGGAACCGCGGCGGUGUCGUCGUCGUCGUCGUACGAGCAGUCGUCCAGGAACGCGAACUACGCGUUCGCCGCGUCGACCUACUCCCUGCUCAGCCUGGUGAACGCGGCCUCCAUGGGCGGGUCCGGGUCUGCCGCGGCCAUCGACGAGCUCAGCACGCUGGUGGGGCACGUGCACGGCCAGCCGACGUACUUCAACCACCAGCCCGGAGGCGGCGGUCACGGCCACAGCUUCCUCCCUGGCCUGACGACGCCGUCGUCGCAGCAGCCGCCAAUGGCGGCGCUCGGGACGCUACCCAUGUCCCUGGCCGCCAUAUCUGACAAGAUGAUCUGGGACUGGAACCCGAUCGUCCCCGACGCGGCGGCUAGAGAUUUCAGCACCGGCGGCGGAUUCAAGUGACACCUAAAAUGAGCCGCCGGCCGCGUGCAUGCACGCCGCGCGCAGCUUUGCACGGGUGGUGGAUCCAAUGGCGGCGCGCAUGCAUUACGAUCCUAAGUGGUACAGCUACUGCAGCCCUUGUAGAUCUUAUUUCUCUCUCCCGGUUAAUUUGUUCACGGUAAAUUCUGAGGAAACAAUCAGUGUAGAGAACUAUACCCUAUUAAUCAGAUCCUAGAUCAUACGACCAGCUUGUACCAGUAGUAUGAUCAAGAGUUCAGGAUAUAUAGUAACUACGUAGUAUAUAUAAGCUGUAUGUAAUUCAUACUGAAUUGCAUAUAAUGUCGACAUUGCCUUUACUUUGAUCGAUGUCGUCAUGUGACAGUUGAUUA